CCCCCAGCGCGCCAGUCCCGGGGCUGCAGGGAGCGCAGCGCGCGCGGCCCGGGCCCCGGCCACCGGACGCCCUACCGGACACGACCCUCCCUGGAGCUUGGACAACUGCCCACCUCGGACACUGCACCGGACACUGCCCCCCACAGGGCUGGACACUACAACGGACACUACUUCCCAGCUCCGGACAUUGCUCCCUCCUCUCCCCGGCCCUGGACGCUUUUCCCCCUCCCCAUCUGGGGGGCCCGACACCGAGCCCCCCUCGGGUUCUGGCUAGCUUCCCCUUGCACCCUAGCGUCUCCGGACACUGCCUCCUGCCUGUCCCCUUCUCUCUCCUCCUCCCCCCACCUCGUCGUCCCCCUGCUCUGUUCGGAGCCCUGCCAGUUUCCCCGACUCCCCGCUGCUCGGCCGCGGCUGUCCGCGCCCCCAUUCUCCGGCUCCUCGCCCGGAUGCCUCUCCCCGGGGGAUUGUGGUGGCUCCUCUGCUGCCGUCGAGGCUUCACUCUUCUGCACCGGGACUACGGGGACGGCGAGCUUAGCGGGGACGGGGACGAGGACGAGGACGAGGAAACCUUUGAGCUACGGACCCCGAGUCCAGCGGGCGGCGGGAGGGGUCCCCUGGACGUGACGCUGACUCAGCCGGUGAGGAGCGGGCCAGUUUCCAACAGGCUGCAGAGCUGGGAGGAGACGUGGAGUCUCAUCCCAGAGAAGGGGCUGCUGGAGGACGACCCGGACGUCGUUGUGAAAGGGUGGCUCUACCGCGAGCCCCGCGGAGGGGGUGCACGGCCCUGGCUGUCCCCGCGCCGAGCCUGGUUCGUGCUCACACGGGACUCCCUGGACCAGUUCAGCAGCAGUGGGAAGGGGGCGCGGCGCCUUGGGAGCCUGGUGCUCACCAGUCUGUGCUCGGUGACCGGCCCAGAGCGCAGGCCCAAGGAGACCGGUCUGUGGUCAGUGACUGUGUCUGGCCGGAAGCACAGCGUUCGUCUCUGCUCCCCACGCCAGGCCGAGGCGGAGCGCUGGGGGGCAGCAUUGCGGGAAGUGAUCGCCUCCAAGGCCCCACUGGAGACGCCCACCCAGCUGCUGCUCAGGGACAUACAGGAGAGUUGUGGGGACCCAGAGGCUGUUGCUCUCAUCUACCUGCGGAAUCCAAUUCUGAGACACACCAGUGGAGCCUUGUAUGCCCCACUCCUACCCCUGCCCUAUGGAGUCAGCGCCCCAGGUCCUGGCUAUGCACCCUUGCGCGAGGAGGCUGUGCGGCUGUUCCUGGCACUGCAGGCACUGGAGGGAGCACGGCGCCCUGGGCCCUUGAUGCAGGGUGUGCUCCAAACCUGCCGAGACCUGCCUGCGCUCCAGGAUGAACUCUUCCUGCAGCUGGCUAAGCAGACCUCAGGCCCUGCGGGCCCCCCGGGGCUCCCCGCUACCCAAGACCCUGCAGCCCUGCGGUACUGGCAGCUCCUCACGUGCAUGAGCUGCACCUUCCGGCCUGGGGGAGCUGUCCGGGGGCACCUCCUGGGCCAUUUGGAGAGGACCGAGCGGGCACUCCCGGACUCGGAAAUGGCGGAGUAUGCGCGCUUCAUCCGGAAAGCGCUGGGCCGGACGCGCGGCCGAGAGCUGGUACCCUCGCUGGCAGAGAUUUCCGCGCUGAGCCAGCGGCAGGAGCUGCUGUGCACCGUGCACUGUCCCGGGGCUGGGGCCUGCCCCGUGGCCAUCGACUCCCACACCACAGCAGGGGAGGUGGCUCGAGAACUGGUGGGGCGGCUGGGUUUGGCCCGGAGCCGCAACGCAUUCGCACUGUACGAGCAGAGAGGGGCCCAGGAGCGAGCCUUGGCUGGUGGGACCCUCGUGGCCGACGUGCUCACCAGGUUUGAGAAGGCGGCGCAGUGUCCGGGGUUCGGCGCUGCUCGGUAUGACGUUCUGGAGCUGAGCACGGAGCCUGGCGGGGGCGCUCCACAGAAGCUAUGCCUGGGCCUGGGCGCCAAGGCCAUGUCCCUCUCCCGGCCGGGUGAGCCAGAGCCCAUCCACUGUGUCAGCUAUGGCCACGUGGCCGCCUGCCAGCUGAUAGGCCCCCACACCCUGGCAUUGAGGGUGGGGGAGAGCCAGCUCCUUCUGCAGAGUCCCCAGGUGGACGAGAUCAUGCAGCUGGUGAAUGCCUACUUGGCCAACCCCUCCCCCGAGAGGCCCUGCAGCAGCCCUUGUCCUCGGAGCCAAGACCUGCCAGACAACUCCCCUCCCAGCCAGCACCCGGGCCUGGACGAGCCCCAGGGACAAUCUGGCUGCUUGGGGCAGCUGCAGGACUGAGCCUGCCAAGAGGUCACGACCUCCCCACUGCCUCCAGCCUGGGCCAGGACUGCUCUGAGAUUGGAGGGAACCACGGACCCUUUUGGCCCUGCGGGGACAGGGUACAGCCCACACCCAACGGCUGCGAUGGGUGUGGACAAUUUUCUAGUUUGUUUCUUAAUUUAUUUGUAGCAGAGAGGCAAAAAAAAAAAAAUCCCUAUUUACACAAA